GCCCAAGCCCCAAGGAUAAGACGAGGCGAGCAACGUCGACCACAGAUGUGGUCAUUCACGGCUGCGCUCGACCGUUCCACCUGCAGUGCAGAGUGCGACAAGUAUAUGAUCAAGGUCCAUCCCAGCGACCUGCUGCCCAGUGCUCGCCGGCUGCUUGUUUACUACUUCUUGCUUCAUCUCUUCUUCGGUGACCAGCAAACUCAACCUGAGCUGCGAGGGGUCCGAGCUUGGCCUCCAAUUCCUUCCUUCUGCCGUGUCGUACCGAGUUGCCCCCUUUCGUCCCUUCCUUCCCCCCUCUCUCUCUCCCCCUCUGCACCUUGCAUCUACCGCCGCUGCUUGCUUUGCAUAGCCCGUCCAGCCUAAACCAUAUACAGCCUGCCGGUGUCCAAUUGCAGCCAUGGGCCACCAUCGCCACAUGGACGAUGCUUCGUCCAUCUCAAGCUACUCAUCCGCUGGUUCUUCCCGUUCGUCCUCGAGGUCAUCCUCGAGCUCGGGAAGUUCCAAGAAGUCAAGGUCGUCCCAGGUGUCCCAUUCCAAUAUCAAGAGUGACCAUUGGGCUGUCUCCCUCAUGAAAUAUACUGCCGGAGCCCCUUUCGGCAAGCCAAUGUCCCUGCGCAAGACCAAAGUCCGCGAGCUCCAGGGGGCCUGGGACUAUGACGACGACGACGACGACAGUGCCAGCAUCUACAGCAACGUCUCAUACACCACGUACGCCUGGGUCAAACCGAAAUGGGACGAUAGCAUCUCCGAGAUCGCCUCCAGGUCCGAUAGCCGGAGCAGCGGACGGCGUCGCAGAGGGCCGAAUGCACAUGGCCGGCCUCGCUUCACCGCGCCCCCGCACACGCACCAGCACCCACCCCCGUUCAACCAUCCACCGCCGCCACCUCCGCACUUCAUGACGCCUCCGGGUGCUCCCGUGUACGACGAGGGCCCCGGCUUCUUCGACUUGAACCCCGGAUUCUAUCCGCCGCCUCCACCGCCUCCCCCUGCUGAUAGCGGCGGGGCCCCGGCUUUCUUCGACCUGAGUGGUGGUGGUGGCGGCGGCAAUCACCCAGGAAAGUACGAUGACUGGGAGUAGACAGACCGUCUUUGAAUAUUGUCGAUACCGUACCCAAUCGGGUGUUGAUUUCCUUUUGCUUGUAUUUUAUUUUAUUUUGUCUUCUUUUUAGGUUUGGCGUUUGAACCACCAAAAUACUACUCAAAGCCCCUCCCCCCGAUUAGUACCCAGGACACCGAAGGGAAACACAGAACCUUCAAGGAGGCGGAGGGGGUUGGAGGGUGAAGGAUUUGAUGACUUAUAAUAUCUGAUUCAAUGCUUAUUCCAACGAUAUGUUCACAUGGAAAUACCUCUCUGUACCAACCAAAUUUGAUACUCCUAGGUUGCCAUCGUUGUGGACCUAGUAGCGACAUGACAACAUGAUUUGAUGUGACGCCAU